AUGCAUGAGGAACAAAAAAAGACGGGACCAGUAAUGGAGCUGGACAGUAUGGGUCUUGAAGCAAGGAGAGGUCGCGGCCGUGGUCGUGGCCGUGGUAGAGGUAAUCCAAUACUUGUAUCUAGUUCUUCACUAACAUCAAAUGAAGCAGCUUCUGUCGGCGGAGACAGCAUGUUUUCGGUAUCACAGCAGCUUUCGUCUAUGAAAGUCUCAGGUAGUAGCGGUGCUUCUUCAGCUAGUGGUUUUUCAGAAGGAUCUGGGAUGUCAGGAGUUUCUGCAGCAAAAGCUGAAAUCAUAAAACCGCUUAAGCCCUUACCAUUCGGUACUCUUGGGAAACGUAUUAAGCUACGAACUAAUUACUUUAAGCUUGCGUUGAAGUCUAACCCCACCGUGCACCGGUACGAAGUUGAAAUAAGCAGACUAGGAAGCAAUUUCAGAAUAAAUAGAGAUAAUAUGAGGAUGAUUUUUUGGCAGGCUGUAGAGGAGAAUAGAAAUUUCUUUGGGAAUACGUACGCGUUAGUUUAUGACGAUAGCAGAUGCUUUUUUACUACCGAACAAUUGGAGUUGCACAACGGGGAGAUAAAUCUUUCCGUCACUGUCGGCCAAAGACCCAUCCAAUUAGUGGUAAGAAUAAGAUAUACCGCCUCGUUCACUUUGGAUAUAAGCGGCAGAAAUUUCUUGCCAAAUGGUGUUUUGCAGUUUCUUGAUGGGCUCCUGACGCAAAAUGUUAGGAAUAUGCUUUGUGCGAUUUUUCUUCGAUUCUUUAAAGCCGAGUCUUGUAGUAGAGAACCGCCUACCUUCUAUCCUUAUGGCCAAUGUAUAUAUUUAAUUGCAACUGACGCAGCUCGAGAUAGACGAUUCAAGCAAACAAUUGGACCAGGAUUAGAAGCUUGGAAUGGUCUUUAUGGUGCAGUGAAGAUUGGUAGCAGCAACAAACUGCUGUAUAAUUGUGAUGUGACAACAGCGUUAUUCGCUAGACAGCGGUUCAACCUGAUAAAUAUUUAUGUGGAAAUACUUCAUGCACGGAGACCGAAUGACAGAUUCUUGAGGGAAAUGAAUGAUGAAAACCUCGCUAGAAACUUGUCAAUUGACGGCUGGAACAGACAACAGUUAAUGGCUGCGUCGAAAAGGCUAAUAUUAGCUUACAUAGUUCAAGUAUUCCGUGAAAGUCUUCAGUUGUGUGUCACUUAUGGGGACGACAGGGCUACGGCAAGACACUACAGAUUUGUUGCCGUUGGGAAACCCGCUACGACAGUAAGAUUCGAUUAUGUUAGUACAGACGAGGUCACUAAUAGAGAAGUAAGGGUAGUGAUGACUGUCGAAGAGUAUUUUCGCAGGAUUAAAGGUAUUAAUCUGUUUUAUCCAAAUCUCCCUGUAAUUCACGUGGGCUCCAGUGCAAGAAAAAUACAUAUACCAAUGGAGCUUUUGGCAACUUCAGUGACUCCGCAGAAAAUAAGAAGAAAUUUAUCCGAAUUUGAAAGGUCUCAGUUGGUCAGAUUUUCUUGUUAUUCUCCAAGGGAACGUGUUGAACGUACAAGAGAGUUGAUGGAUCGGCAGAAUAUAGAAGAAUCCGAUUUCUUAAGACAAUACGGAAUUACAAUAGAUUUGGAGUUUCUCAAAGUAAAUGGUCGUGUUCUUAAGCCUCCCGACAUAGCAACAGAGAGAGAAGACCAUGACAGGUAUAAAGUGGUAUCAGUAGUCGAUGGUUCCUGGAAGCUCGAAAAAUUCACAGAAUGUCACCGUGCUAUGGUUUUUUGCGUCGUAAGCGUUGACGGCUGCUUUCAGCGGAAAGAAAAUGUCAGUCUCACCGCUGUUUCUUACCGUGCUCCUGAUUUCAAGUCAGACGCUUUCCGUGCUUAUGCAAGCGUGUAA